UGGUCACAACACAACAUUUUACUCACCGGUAUCUGAUCAGUUUCAGGUGUUCUGCUCCUUCUUCAUCCCUAGAGGACAGCUGUUCUCCUCCUCCUCCUCCUCCUCCUCCUCGUCCUCCUCGUCUUCCUCUCCUCCGCCAGCCAUGAGUGACAGUGACGACGAUGUUCCCACACUGUCAGCUCACACUCUGGCCGCUCUGCAGGAGUUUUACAAGGAGACCAGCACCGGUCCGGCUCACAGCACGACCCCGUCAGACCAGUUUGCUGUGGGGGCAGUGGAGGAGGACUGGCGGAUGAGUCAGUUCUGGUACAGUGAUGAAACAGCAACGCAGUUAGCAGAGGAGGUCAUACGUGAAGCUGGAGAGGGAGGCAGGAUAGCGUGUGUGAGUGCGCCCAGUGUGUACCAGAAGCUGAAGCAGGGUGUGGUGGACGGUUCAGACCGGGUGUCUGCUGUCGUGUUGGAGUACGACCGCCGCUUCGCCGCUUACGGAGACGACUUCAUCUUCUACGAUUACAACGAGCCGCUGUCUUUUCCCGCCAACGUGGCUCCUCAGAGCUUUGACAUCGUCCUCGCCGACCCACCCUACCUGUCCGAGGAGUGUCUGAGCAAAGUGGCCAAAACCAUCAAGCACCUGAGUAAAGGCAAAGUGCUGCUGUGCACAGGAGCCAUCAUGGAGAAGCUGGCCACAGAGCUCCUGGAUGUAAAGAAGUGCAGCUUCCUGCCGAAACACAACAGAAACUUGUCCAAUGAGUUCCGCUGUUUCGUCAACUACCCGUCUCGCCUGCUGUCCUGCUGAGGAGCAGAACCUCCGUCUGAUCAGAGCAGGAGCAGCAGCACCCUGAUGGAGCGAGGACAUCACACAUGACAUUUUACAGCUGUGGUAAACGCUCAACAGUUACAAAUGAACUUGGACUUGUGGAGCGAGAAAGUCUCUUGACUCAAAUACAGCUUGUUUACUGGCUAGUAAUUUAAUAACAUGCUGACGUUUCAAUCCAUGGAAAAUUAAUGGACAUCAAUUUUGGUUAAUAGAGCACUAUAAGUCUGUAAUUAAGCAAAAAUGCUAAAUAUUUGGUGCUUUCAGCUUCUCUAAUGUGAGGUUUUGCUGCUUUUCUCUGUUUUAUUUCAUUGCAAAUUAAAUAUCUCUGUUUUGGGAGCAAUUUGAAGACGUCACCUCGGGCUCUGGGAACUUGUGAGAGGCAUGUUUCACUACUUUCAGACAUUUUGAUUAUUUUAAUACGACCCAUCCAAUUAAAGGAAGAUCAGUUUACUCACUGUGUGGAGUACAGCCCCAUGUUACCUUGGGCACGACUUCUGGUUAUUCCUUUCACUGAACUGGCAGAAAUCCUGUGUGACUUGGUUCAGGUGUGACUCGUCUCUCCUCCCACCCAGUAAAUAAACUGGCAUCACUACCAAGUGGAACGAACGACCAACAGAAAGCUCAUGAGAAUUGAAGGAGAUGUGUUGAGAGUGUGUGACCAAAGAAAGCUCCUCGCUCCUGCAGAGACUGAACCUUAUUACAUGUGUCACUUGAUUUCUCAUCAGAGGAGAGAAGCACCAGCCGCUCAGUGUUUAACAAGAAGAAAGAAGAAUACAUUUAAAAAAGUGAAAAGAUAAUCGUAGACGUUUAUUUUCUUAACCAGUGUAAUGAUGUGAUGAUGAUGACACCGGCUGAGGGAUUUACUGCUGUUCAACAAAAAUCCUGAAAAUGCAAAAAUGAAACUGGGAAACAAACAAGUGCUAAAUUCUUUGUUGUGCUGUUGCUUUGAGAGAAACUUCCUCUCUGCAAACCGAGGAACUCAAUGUCCAGAAAUGUCACCAACAGCUGCUAAAUUAAUUCAGUGAUUCUUGAGAAAUGGGACAAAAGCGGUUUUAAUUGGAAUGAAUUGAAUAUAGACUGAGAGACAAAAUAAUAUUAAUUUAGUAAAGGUCAAUGUUUAGAUUGAAAUAAGUGAUUAUGUUAUAAUGGAACAAAAUCUUCUUUAAGAUCAACAGUCAACUGGCUUUUGUUUUUAAAAUAUGAAAUUAGGUUGUGGACAUGUUGGUUUUUGGUACAAUGUUGACAUUUAAUCAUAUAAUUCAAAAUAAAAUGGGAAGGUGUCCGAGUAACAUCCACUGCUUACUUUUAUAAUUUAGAUUAUUUUAGUUUCAUGUCGAAAUGUUUAUGUGCAUGACACGUUUAGUCCCAGUUCAUAAGAAUGACUGAAUUAAAAAUGACCGUUACAAUCAUCUUGAAUAUUUGUUGUUUUAAUGACUGAAUGAAAGCUGUUCUUUAAGUGUGUCAGUGUUUCCGGUUUCUCCAGGUGCAGUUCUUUUUAACAUCAGUAGGUGGCAGCAUUGAUCAGAUCAUUGACGAUAAUGAGGAAUUUUAUUCCAUCUGUCAAUAUUUGUGUUUAAUUUAAUUGUUGGACCACCCAAUUUACAAAUAAAAGUAUUCUCAUU